GCCUCCAGAAGGGUCACACACUUGGCCUCUGAGCAUUCAAGGACAGGCAGCAGGACCCUUCAACACCAGCAGGAUUGGUCCAGUCCUCACACCCGGGAAGUGCCCGAGAACAGGGCAGGAAAAUUAAUGUUAGUGCUGAACAAUGCAUUAAUAGCCCAGGGAAGAAGCUGGUGUGUGGUUUGUGCUCCUGGCAGGGAGAGCUCUGUGUUCUGGCUCUGUGUGUGGGAGCUGGGUGGAAAAUACUGCAGGUAAACACAGCAGGAGCUGGAAGUUGGGAACCUUUUUAAAACGCUGGGGUUGUUGGAGUGGUUGAAUUUUUCCUGGCUUUGAGUGAGAAAAUUCAGAAGACUGAAGCCCAGGCUCACUGUCUACCUUUCACGGAGGCCCAGCCGUGAGAGGACAGAAGAAGGCACGUGGCGAAUCAUGACAGCGGACAAGGAGAAAGACAAAGACAAAGAGAAGGACAGGGACAGAGACCGGGAUAAGGAGCGGGACAAGAGGGACAAGGCGAGGGAGAGCGAGAACUCCCGGCCCCGGCGCAGCUGCACCUUGGAAGGAGGUGCCAAGAACUACGCGGAGAGCGACCACAGCGAGGAUGAGGACAACGACAACAACAGUGCCACCACCGAGGAGUCCACCAAGAAGAGCAAAAAGAAACCCCCCAAGAAGAAAUCCCGCUACGAGAGGACCGACAACGGGGAGAUCACGUCCUUCAUCACCGAGGACGAUGUGGUGUACAGGCCUGGAG